GAAUUAACACGUUAUUAACGAUUUAGAGCUUCAAGGUUUUUCAGAGCUAACUUCCUUUUGCUAGCCUGAAACCGGAAGUUCAGCUCUCGGGCGGGUCGGUAGGGGGCGGUGCGCUCGGGACACGUCAGCCUCCAUAUAACCAACCGAAGAAGAGAAACUUUGUCCGAAUCCCAAACGGCUUCCUAUUGGCUGUGCAGUGCACUACUCAGGGGGCUCGCGACCGCCUGCCAGCACUGUGUAGGGAACUGAUGUAGGGAGGAAGGAGUUAAAUUGGGACUCGAUCUUUGCGCGGGUCUCAGUCGCGGUACCGCGUGCUGAGUGACACGAGUUUUCCCGGUGUAACGGAGAGAGGAGGAUGCGCGCGCGCUGCCGUGAAACCUGCAGCACCGGGGAAGAUGGGGCUCGAGCGGCUCACGCGCGAGCUCGUUUUGAAGACGAUAACGGUCACGACGUGAGGUAAAAUGGCGGCCGCUGUUUACCCACACGCCACCGCGCUGUAGCUGUAAGGUGUGUGUGUGAGCAGUCAGACCUGGGCAUCAUGUGAUCUCUGUAAACCUGUGAACGCCCCCCGGAGGUGCCAGGAUGCCCGUGCAGGCAGCGCAGUGGACGGAGUUCCUGUCCUGCCCCAUCUGCCUGAACGAAUUCAAUGCUGGUGGACACAAACCCAUCAGUCUGGGCUGCUCACACACCGUGUGUAAAACGUGUCUCCACAAACUGCACCGUAAGGCCUGUCCCUUUGACCAGACCACCAUCAGCAUCGACAUCGAGCUGCUGCCCGUCAACCGCGCCCUGCUGCUGCUAGUGGGGGUGCAGGUUCCUGAAAGCCAGAGUGUGUGUUUGGGCAGCGCUGAAGACACACAGCAUUAUGAUGUGUGCAGGACAUGUGUGGAGGAGUUGGCACUGUACCUCAAACCCAUCACAGGGGGGAAAGGUACAGGCACAACCAUCAGUCUCAGCUGUGUGUGCGCGCGCGUGAGAGAGAGAUCUGGUGUGGCAUCUCAGAGUGCGAGCGCGCUCAGUCGGCCCAUGCAGAGGAAGCUGGUGAUGCUGGUGAAUUGCCAGCUGGUAGAAGAGGAGGGUCGUGUGAGGGCACUGCGGGCAGCUCGCUCUCUGGGAGAACGCACCAUCACUGAGCUCAUCCUGCAGCACCAGAACCCACAGCAGCUUUCCGCCAACCUGUGGGCUGCUGUCCGGGCGCGGGGGUGUCAGUUCCUUGGACCUGCGAUGCAGGAGGACGCACUGAAGCUCGUUCUGCUGGCUCUCGAGGACGGCUCGGCGCUCUCUCGGAAAGUUCUGGUGCUUUUCGUGGUCCAGAAGCUGGAAGCUCGGUUCCCUCAGGCCUCCAAGACGAGCAUCGGUCACGUGGUGCAGCUUCUGUACCGAGCUUCAUGCUUCAAGGUGACGAAGCGUGAUGAAGACUCCUCGCUGAUGCAGCUGAAGGAGGAGUUUCGUACGUACGAGGCUUUGAGGCGUGAACACGACGCCCAGAUUGUCCACAUCGCCAUGGAGGCGGGGCUCCGCAUUUCUCCUGAACAGUGGUCCUCUCUGCUGUACGGCGACCUCGUCCACAAAUCACACAUGCAGUCCAUUAUAGACAAGCUCCAGUCCCCAGAAUCCUUUGCAAAGAGCGUUCAGGAGCUGACGAUAGUCCUGCAGAGAACUGGAGACCCGGCCAACCUCAACAUCCUCCGAGCGCCGCUGGAACUCCUGGCUGGCAUUGACCAGAACCUGGAUGCAGCCAUCCCCUCAUGGGAGGAGCUCGAGUCUGCGAUGUUUGCAGUGAAGGUCGUGGUCCACGGGCUCGUCGAGUUCAUCCAGAAUUUCAGCAAAAAGAGUCAUGAGACAUUUCCGUCUCAGCCCAACAGUAAAUACAAGACCAGCAUGUGCCGAGACCUGCGGCAACAAGGAACCUGCCCACGCGGUGUCAACUGCACGUUCGCCCACACCCAGGACGAGCUGGAGAAAUACCGAAUGAGGAAUAAGAAGGUCUGCUCAGGAACCCGUCCGUCUCUUCUGCCCAAAACUGGUGCUGUGAAGUCCUCAGCUGUAGACGUGUGUGUGGGUGAGCAGGAGUGUGUGGCCUCGGAAGGCUCCUCCCCCACUCGUCUUGUGCCCAGAGGAGGAGAGCAGGAACAUGAUGUGAUGAAGGAGUUGGCUGAGGGAUUUCCAGCUACUAGCCAAGACCUGAAAACUGGUUCUCCUCCGAAGAGUCCCGCAUCAGGACCUCCUUCAGACACCUCACUGCUCCUCAAACCCUCUUCUCUACCCCAAAGAGGUCACCAUGAGGUCACAUACUUUCCUGAGCAGAGAUCUGCGUAUGAGCUACCGUCCUGCCCAUCUGCUAAUUUUUUCCCAACUUCUCUUCCAAACCCUCACAAACCCUACCUGCCUCGCAUCACUCGCUCCAGCCCCACCUCUGACUCCUCAGUACCACCUCCUCUGGCUGCUCCCUACCCUGACCCGUCCCUCCCAUCUCGUCUAGGCUUGUCUCCGUAUCCCCCCUCCCCCUCUUAUCCACCCCUCCCUCACUCUCACACUCAUGGCGUGUACGCUCCCGUCUAUGACAGUCGGCGUCUCUGGAGGCCUCAGCUGUACCAUAGACAGGACGGCCGGAGCAACUCGCUCCCUCUGGAGGUGCUGCACUCGUCCAUCUAUCAUCCUCCUCUCCGGGAGCGCUUCAACUCGCUCGACAGCGCCUACUGCAGCGCCUCUAGCAGGAGAGCCGCCCUGCACCGCGAGGCGUAUGGCCGCGCCGCUCUGGGCUCUGAGGAUUUCUACUCUCUCCGUCAGGACCAGUGGUCACAUCAGCAUCAUGGCUCGGGCCGAGCAGCACAGCAUUCCACUGUCUUCACCGUGGAUCUCUGCUCUGAGCAUGCGGAGAGCGGAGUGUGUGUGAGCUGUAAGUGUGGAGGUGCAGACACGCCUCUUGGCCGUUAUUCACCGUGGUCGUGUGGUGCUGUCGGUCCGUUUGACUCGGAACCUGUUUACUCUCACACAUGUUCCCAACACAUGCAGGACAGUGAGUGCACGGCGAAACGCUGGCUGCACGUUUCUGAGCCAUACAGACGUGUGAAGGACGAGGACCCCAUCAUCCCGUUCAGCGAGGGUCCCAUCAUCUCAAAGUGGGGCGCAAUUUCACGCUCGUCUCGCACAGACCACCACACCACCGAACCUAUUCAGGCCACGGCGACGCACGGCCGCACGACCACCACCACGCUCAUCAACUUGAGAGCAGAUUACAGCUCUCAUGUGGGACAGGGUGAGUGCCGGUGGAGUCCGUGUGGGUUUGAGUCAAAUCACUCCGGGUUCCGAGAAAGCACUACCGGAAAACAUGGACCCGAGUUCCUGGCUCAAGAUGGAACGGAGAGUGACCCGGACCGAGACAUCGAACUGGAGUUGUGUGCUUUACACAUAGAGGACUCGGAACCCCCGGGGAUCCAGUCAGAGGCAUCUUUGGAGCCUCGGUGUGAAAAUCGCCUCUCCAGUGUGUUCAGUGAUGGAGCAGGAAGCUUGGGGACGCUGCACUCGUUAUCUGGGCACACGGUGGACGCUCAUUUACUGAAGAAGAUGGCGUUUCGGAAGUCUCUCUCCCCUGGAGGCUUGAACGCCGGAGGUCUCGCUGUGGGUGGUCUGGUGAUGAAGACGGGUUCGAUAAGACCUCCAGGAGACGCAGCCGGACCGAGCCCAGGACCCGAGAUGAUCCUAAACGGGAGCUAAAAAAAAGUCUGAUUGCUGGGUCAAAUCUCACAGCACUGAGAUCGCUAACACCUUGGAGUUUGUUUAUUAUUUCCUGAAGCGUUUACUUCCCCAGUUUAAUUCCAAAGGCCUUUCCAGUAAUCAGAAGUUUUAUCAAAUGUAACCCAGGUUUUUUUCUCGUUGUAAGAAUAUUAUGGGUUUUCUUAAUGCAUUAAUUUUUUUUCCUUAAUAUUCCUUGCUUUUUAAGAUUUUGCAGCUUAUGCAAACGUGUUUACGUUCCCUACUCCCAUCUCAGGUCCCCUACCCGCCGAUCGGAAUCCACUCCUGAGCCAAUCGGUCAGAGGCAUCUGAUUACUCUUCCAUUAGGAAGAGGGGAAAAAAAGAUCUGCAUUUGUGAUUAGCUUAAUCUUGUGCAGUUUCUGUGUAGGUUUCUAUAUUUUCUGUUUAGUGUGUGUGUGUGAGAGGGGAAGCCUGGUGCUCAGUAAAUACUGUGCAUUGCCUACGUUAGGGUGCAGAACUCGUGACUCAGUUGACAUGCAUGAAACAGUUUUUGUAUGCGUUUUGUAAUAAACUCUGCGUGAAUGUGCCUAUGAAGUGGUAUGAUAGUUUUCUCUGCGGCUUUGUCAGGUGGCUGGGGUUUUGUUUGUUUUUUAAAUGGCUGUGAAAUCAAAUAGAUUGACGUCAGCAUUAACGCGUGUGUGGUGAUGGUGUCCUUAUCACUUGGACGUUGAAGAAGUGGUUUGUUGAAACAACAAAAACCUCCGUUUUAUAAAUUUCUCACAAUCAGCUCUACAGUGGAGUUCAGCUCAUGUUUAUAGAGGACAGGAAGUUUCACCGUGUCCUAAACCGCACGUGACUUGCACUAAAGACAGCGUUAUUAGUGAAGGUGCAACACGCAGAGGGUCAACUUUAUUUGGCGUGUGUGUGUGAGGGGUCCUUUAUUUGAUCUUUUGCGAUUUAUUUUUUUCAAGUCUUGUGCUUGAACUUUUGAAGUGUUGCUUUGAAGUGCGAGAGCGUUGAGUGAGUGUUUAAGGCGUUAACAGAAACGCAACUCGCUACACUACUUCUGUAUUGAAGCGUGUUUGUGUUGCGACACGGAGAUGAACUCAGACACACAACACUGAAUAAUUUGCGUACGUUUAAUCUAAAUCCUAAUCGUGUACAGAGCUGUGUGUUAAGCAGCCUUCAGACCAACUCUGGUUGAGGUGAGGAAAUUUGUCCAGUUGUAUGCACAAAAUCGUGAUGAAUCUAAUUGCAAACCUGAUCUCGCUCUGAUCAGAUACAAGUGAGCGAGAGAGAUUAGGUGUGUAACGAUGCACACAAUUCGAUUCAAAUUUGAUAUGAUUUUCAAUCCAGCAAAAAUAAACACUGCUUUAGGUUUCCGUUUCCAAAUGAUUUAAAGGUGCACUAUGUAGGAUUUGGUGUUGUAUACUGGCGGGAUUGCAACUAACUGACUGCUCCUCCCUCACCCCCUUACCCCUCCCUUUCUAAGUGUGUAUUUGAAUCUUCGGUAGCUGUUAGUGCAAAACCUUUUUAUUUUUUUUUUUUAAUGUUACACUUUUAUCACAAUAUUAGUCACACCAAUGUUUGUCCCGCUUUGAUUUCACUUCAUGCCUUCAGUUCUCUGAUGAGGAUUCACACUCCUUGGCUUUUUCUCAUGCUAAAUAAGUACGAUCCUUCAUUUCUCAAAAUUUGGGUUCUCAAACUUCUCAGCCAGCACCAGCAGCCACUGAUUCCUCGUCUUUCUUCUUCUAUGUCUUCCUUCUGGUACUGGAUUCAUUUUGGGCUGCUAUAGAAACAUGGUGGCUUUGUGAACGAGGCUCCGCUCCCUCUGGAGAUAUAAAGGGCUCUUUCUAAGCUUACGAAAACAAUGAUGUGUGACUACUAUACUCCAUUUCUGCUAACUGAACAGGGGUGGGUUUCCCAAAAGCCUCUUGAUGCUAAGAAGGUCUUAACUAGGAGAGUGAGUGUUCAUUGUGCUGCUUGCUCUACCAUUUAAUGAUCUUUGUACCAUGAUGCUUUUGGGGAAACUUGGCAUGGAUCCCUAAACUCUCCAUACUGCACCUUUUUUUUGUAAAUUUGGUUAUAAAACGCUGAAACAUGAUGCCGGUGUUUGAUCUGUUCGGACUCGUCUCAGCGUGCAAUGAAACAAAGACUACAUUCAGACUGCACCCUGAAACGACCCAUAUCCGAUUUUUUUUGCCCAUAUGCGACCUGUAUCUGAUUUGUUAUUGACAAUCUGAACGACACAGAUCCGAUUUUUUUUUUUUCUUUUCCACAUGCGACCCAGGCCGCUUGGAUAUGUGGUCCUAAUUCCGAUGCAUAUCCGUUAUUUUCACAUGCGACUGCAGUCUGACCGGACAGGCUGCAUUCAUGCGACCUACACGUCAUCAACAAGAGACAAACGUCACUAUUCUGCGUUGGCUAAUCCCGCCUCUUUGGUGGAAAACAACAACAUUUGUACAGUUUUCAGAAUUUAAAUAGACUUUUAUAGAAUUGAUCAAGCUAAUGGUGGAUUUGGUAGGGACCUGGAUGUUGAUCUGUUAGCCUGAUUAAAUAAAACAGUUUCUAUAACUGAUUUAUAACUUAAACCAUCCUGUAUUACAAGAUUAUAAGAUUGUUCUGGAAAUUUCCAGUAAUUUGACACCUUCGGUCUCAUUAGUCUGCUGCCCAGACUAAUCAGAUUAUUGUGAGUUCCGCCGCCGCCACAAAAGCCACAUCGCCAGGUCUCGCCUCAUCUCCAUGCUUUACUUGCAAACUUGAAGAGUGCGCUUUUUUUUUUGUUGUUGUUUACGUAUUACGUAGAUGUGCUUAUUACAUGUCAAUUUGCGCAUGCGGGACACUUUUGGGUCGUUUUCCAUUAAUAUUGGAGAUCGCAUACAAGUCUCAUAUAAUUGGUAAUGUGAACGGCCUAACAAAAAAAUCGGAUUUCACAACAAAUCAGAUAUGGGUCGUUUCAGGUUGCAGUCUGAACGUAGUGAAAAGCUACGCGUUUUCAAUAAAAUGAAAAAUUUAAAAAUUGGCUUUCUGGCCAAGCUUCCACUGGUGUGACUGUAAAGGGGGUGUGUCUGAAGUGUUUAAUGAAGCUGUUAUGUAAAUGUCCUGGCAGUCGCGCAGCUCUCUGUAGCCCUGGACGUGUUUUUGAAUUCUUUCACUUUACUGAAUAGCAGCUAUGAACUGGGUGUGUCUGUCUCAUUCCGUGCAGAAGCGUGGAUGUUGGUGUAACGUUUCAGUCCACCGUGAUGCCAGCCGUCAUCAUCACAAGUGUUUUCUUAUCCCUGACCUGAAAGCUAUCACGCGUCAGUAUGCUCGUGAAUUGUAUGCUCUUGAAACAUGGCGCACUUCUUAGCUAAAGUGGUUCUUGCUUGAUUUAAGAUGAAAUUGUUUUUAUACCUCACAUGAUUAUGUAAGUGGUAUGAUGUCAUGACUUUAUUAUGCAGCUUGUUAAAUGUAUUCAGUGCACAAAUGUAUCGAAUCGAAAGCCGUGUAUCGAAGGAUAUGAUAUGAUGGACGAUAUUGUUACACCCCUACUGUAGACAGGACCGUAUUUAAACCUUCAGUGUUUCAGAUGUUAGUUAGCUGAAGUGGUGUUGAAGGUAGAAGUUCAAAAGAGAAACUGCUUUUUGGGGAUGAUGUGCAGUAGGCGGAGCUUGUACUCUAUGCAUUCUUUGCUAACCUUCGCCUUGCUCGGAGUUGUGAAGCUAAAAGACGGUGUGCUCAUUAAUGUUUAAUAUUUCUGAAUUUGUUUUUGGAAACGUUCGGUCUUUUUAAAUAAAUCUCUUAUAGUGGUGCUUUUUCAGUGAGGGACAGUUUGCUGUACGGACUAAUGCACGCAAUGUUCGCAGAAAAACGCAAACUCCAGAUGAUUUUAGAACAAUCCUGAAGUUGUUGAUGCGCUUCUUCUCCUCUGUUCGCUCUGCUGCACGACUUUUUCUUUUUCCUUGCUGUUCACUUCUUCUGCCCUCUAGUGGACACGCCGAAGUAUAAACCAGGUCAUGCUGUUCGUCCAAGGCAUCUAAUUUCACGUUCACACUUUUGUGUCCAGUGCACCCUGUCUGAUCUUCCUCUUGUGUUUGAGUGUGACAUCGCUGCUAACUUCCGUGAAGUUGUGUGUCCGAGUAUUUCGUAUCAGGAAACUCUUAAUUUUCCUUUUGUUUUGGUCACUGGAGGUAAUCGUACCCAUCAGCUCUAUAUUUCCUGUUUAAGAUUGAGGUGGAUGGAGCGCUGGGUGGUGAUCAGGACUCCUGAAACGAGUCGUUUUCUGCUGCAGUCGUCUUGUGCACUGAAAAAUUUUUUUUUUUUCUUCUGUUGUCCUUCACUCGGACGACAGCGAGAUCAGAGAAGUGUGUUACGCCGCUUUAAAGGAAAUGUCUCCUAUUUAUAAUAGGGUAAAAAAACACAAAAACUUCAGAUGUAAUAUGGAUGCAGGAAUGUGGUAGGGCUUUUUGCCUAAAAUAUUGGCACCUUUUUGUUACACUUCACACCGGUUUUAUGCUGACAGGUGUCCCAGUGUUGAAUUUUAUCGUCUUUGUUUUAUUAAAAGAUGCUGAUCGUCUCUCGACUGUUAAAGUUUAAACCUCGCUUUUUCUCCCAUCGUUUUUGGUCAAGAUCAAUAUGAAGUAUACACAUUAAAGCUCUAGACAGUUGACAGUGUGGACUAGCAAACACUUUUCUCUCUACAGUAGUGAUUGCUGUGCAAAAAUGUCUUACCAUCAGAGUCUGUGAUUUUAUAAUGUGACUAUUUCAAGAGUCAGAAUUAGCAAUGAGAAAAUGCUUGGCAAUGUUAAAAAAAAAAAACAAACUGGUAAUUGUGAUCUAAAAUCAUUCCAUUUUUCAAGAUUAAAUAAAAUUUAAACAAUGUUUCCUCUCGACACAGCCCGUUUUACAGGAAGGUUUUUCCAGAUUACGUCUGUGUCCGAAUGCAAUGCAUCAGCUAUUGAAAUCGUGAAAUUAAUUUAAAAUCUAUGGAGGAAAACGAGGCUUUAAACACGAGGUCUGUUUUCAAGUGACUUUUAUGCUUAUAAUCUUGGCCAAAGUGUGUGUGUUCCUGCUGUAGGCAUCUUAUUUUAAAUAAGAUUCCUCUGUUAUAAUUACAACAGCAGCUUCGCUGCUACAAACUGGAUUUUACAUUUGAUUACAGCUACUGAUUCUCUGCUUUCUCCAAAUCUCAGCAUGGGAGGGUUUUUAUUCUCUGAUUUUUAUUCAGUGAGGGUUUUUUUUUUUAAUCUGUUUAUCCUCUUACUGUGAUUUGUGUGUUGGAUCAGCUCAGAGCUGUCACACCUGCACAAUGCUUUUAUAUCAUUACGGAAUGUGUGCGCACGCAUGUGUCCCCCCUGCUGGUGAUGGUUUACUGGAUUAGUUUUUAAUAUCCACUUUUGAAGAAGUCCAGAGAGGGGACGCCUCUUUAUUUAUAAAAAAUAAAUAAAUGAAUUUUUUUUCCUUGUGCUGAACUAUGGAGCCCCCUAAGGGUCAUAGUGAGUGGAGAUUUUAUUUUUUUAGCUACUUUCGUAUUCCCUUGCAAUCCUUUUGCAUUAAACCAAACCCUUAUUGUGAGGAAAUGCAAAACUAUCCGUCUUAGGUGAUCCCACCAUGACCCUUACUGAAUAGGAAUUAUAAAUAUUAAAAUCCUGAGGGUUGUUAAAAACACACACCCAUUGCUUCAUAUUCUUUCUUGCAGGUUAUAAUCCUUUAUCCCCCCCCCCCCCAUGGUUAAGGUGUGUGUGGUGUGUUUUGCAGAAACUCGGCCUUGUUCGUUAUCUCACCGCAGCCUCUCUGGACCUGUGCAUGUACAAUUUUUUUUUUAAAUAUUUUUUAAAUUCCUUUUGAGGAUUACUGGUUUUGUCUCUCUCUCACACACACAUACGACCCUGACAGCAGCUGAUGUUGAAUAUUUUUACGUCUGUAUUAGACAUUUCCUUUGCAAAUCUAUUGUUCGAUUUAACUGUAUAUGAAAUAAAAGAUGGUACACAUCCGUCAGUUUAUACAGACACCGCCAUCGUAUAGAUGGAAUUUUACUGCAGUUUUAUGAGGAGCUAUAUUUAAAUACAUAGAUAUUUAACAAAUUCUUAAAAAAAGUGAUAUCUUUUCAUAGAAACGUGAAAUGUAUUUUAAUGCACUGAAAAGAUUUGCUGUUUUCGUAUCUUUUGCUGUUUGCUGUUUCGUACCUUGGUAAAGGUCUGAGCUGCUGUAAAGCACAUGCUGAUGAUGGAAAUUAAUGUAAAAGUUAUUCAAGGUCAUAUUCUGUAACUGCAUGUUGAGGUAAUAAAAUGGAUUUGUCGUCAAA